AUGAGUGACCAACAGAAUCCCCCAGUUGAGUCUGCGGGCACCGGCGACGGUCCUCCCUCAAAGCGAACCUGCACGAUCGAUACGCCACCCAUCGCAGGCACACCUGAGGAUGGUAGUGAUUUCUACAACACACCGCUGGCUACAGAGCGUCCGGUGAUGAAUGCAGGCAUUGAGAAUACUGUACCUGCUGCUGAACCCUCUGCAUUUUCCCAACAAGCCCCCAUGAUCCCGGGAUUGGGCUUUGUCAACAACCUCGAUGAUCAGUCUACAACCAACGAGCCGUCCCACCCUGUCGUCCGACCAACGCAAGAGCAGCCCGUUACAGCCAUUCCACAAGUGGCAGCGGAGACCAGCACAUCAGUUAAGCAGGAAAUGAGUCUUGAGACCAAUGGCCAGCAGGAGGUUCUUGGAGAUGCGAUGGAAGUCGACCACAAGCCAGUGCCUGCCACUGAGGAAACUACGAACGGAGCAUCUACCGAGCAGCCGUACUCUGAGCUCCAGGAGCGGGAAGAAGAAAACCCAGAAUGGGAGGUCGAUUCGGACCCUUACGAGUCAUCAUCCGACAGCUCCACCUCCGAUUCCUCUGACAGCGACGACGACGAAGACUACCCGAUUCUCACCCCCGAGGAACAAGCCCGGAUUCUGAUGCUUGCCGAGGGUGGCUCUGAUGAUGAGGGAGGUGAAAAGGGUAAGUCGGGUGGACACAUUCGCUCGACCAACGAGGUCGACGAGGACGUCUUGCCGAUCCCAGAUGUCCAAAUUACACCCGAGAUGAGGAUCGUGCUGCUGGGCAAGGUUCAGACGGCCAUUGAGAAUGCGGUCCUCAUCGAGGCUAGCACCUCUGGAGAAUACCAAGUCCUCGAGUCGGGCUCUUUGCUUUGCACAGAGGAUCGCAAGAUUCUGGGCGUGGUGGCGGAAACCCUGGGCAGAGUGGAGAACCCAAUGUACACGGUGAUGUACAAGUCUGCCGAAGAUGCGCAGGAAAGAGGCGUGGUGAAGGACCUGCCCGUUUUCUACGUCGAGGCACACUCCACCUUCGUCUUUACUCAGCCGCUCAAGGGCUUGAAAGGCAGCGAUGCGUCCAACUUCCACGACGAGGAGGUCGCCGAAGACGAGAUUGAGUUCUCCGACGAUGAAGCGGAGGCUGACUAUAAACGGAGGCUGAAGCAGAAGCGCCAGGAGAGAAAGGAGGCUAAAGACGGCGGUGCUGCACGAGGAAAGAAGGGACCUCCGGGCCCCUCGAAAUUGAGCCAGACUGAGCUCAACUACGAUGAUGCGGGAGGCGAGGAUGGAUACACACCUCUUGCUCGCCCCAGAAACCUCCACGAGAUGAUGGGUGCUCGCGAGGCGCCAAUUGAAGGCAAUGAGCGUGCCGAGCGUGCCGAGCGUGGAGCAUCUGGCUCCCGGGGCGGCCGAGGCCGAGGCCGGGGCACUGAUCGCGGCCGCGGAGGUCGCGCACCAGCAGAGCGGCAGCCCUUCGCAAUAUGGACAGCAGGCCGCUCCCCCCAUUCUCAGCCUCAACCUCCAGCAUCAUACAGCCCAGCCCCAUACCAGCAGCAACAACCUGCCUAUGGCAUGCCCCAGCCAUUUGCUGGAUAUCCCCAGUAUACUCAGCAGCAGCAGCAACAACAACAACAACCGCAGUUCGGUCAUAGCCAGGCACCGGCGCAGUUCCCCUUCCAGUUCCCCUUCCAGCAACCAUUUGCGCAACCAAACCCCUUCCAGGCCCUCCCACCUGGCGCACACAUCAACCCUCUUUUCCUAGCUGCACUGCAACAGCAACAACAGCAACAACAGCAUCAGUACCAGCAGCCUCAGCAGCAUCAGUACCAGCAGCCUCAGCAGGCUCCAGCUCAGGCACCGCAACAAAACCCGGCCAUGAACUUUGACCAGGUGAAAGCCCAGUUGGAGCUGCUGCGGCACUUGAACAACGGCAAUCAGGGGCCACCUCCCUCCUAA